GCCAGGAGGGAUGCGAUGGCGGUGAUGGAGAGGGACCAGCGCCGACUGCUGAGGGUGGGGAGCCUGGGAUGUCACUUCUGCACGGUCGCUUCCCAGUUCUGUGAUGGCUCUUUAAAAGCUUUAAUUAAAAACCCACCCCCUUCCCUGCGCCCGGGCGGGGGAACAAAGGCAAAUGGAAGGGGCUGGAGCGGGUGGCUCUGGCGGGCGAGCGUGCCAGCCUGUGCCAGCCCCGCUCCGGGCGCCGUCCCUGUUGAGCGGCGGCCGCUCCGGCAGCAGCCCAGCAAAGCGGUUGGGUGCAGCAGGUCCCCGGGGGCGGCCAGUGUCCCCCCCACCAGCGGGCUUUGCCGGCGGCGCCGGGAUGCGGGCGCUGGUGCCAGGCGGUUUCUUCCACGUGGAGCCAGGCCGUUUCGGAGGGGCGAUGGGCGGCGGGGCCGUGCCCUGGCACCCCGCCAAGGCUGGGCUCGCUCUUGCCGGAGCCCGCGGACGGCGACGCUGCAGGGGACGAGGUCCUCGCCCCGGUGCCAGGGCAAAUGCCAUAGGAUGACCGCUGCUGGUCCCCUCUUACUGGCUGUGAUAUCGUCUCUCCUGUGGCUCACGCGGGGCUUCGACCCGGCUCCCAGCGCCUGCUCCGCUCUGGCCUCCGGCGUCCUCUACGGCUCCUUCUCCCUCAAGGACCUCUUCCCCACCAUCUCCUCCGGCUGCUCCUGGACCCUGGAGAACCCCGACCCCACCAAGUACUCGCUCUACCUCCGCUUCAACCGGGAGGAGCAGGUCUGCACCCACUUCUCGCCCAUGGUGCUGCCGCUCGACCACUACCUGGCCAACUACACCUGCGACCCCCGUGGCGAGGCCGCCAGCCCCCUGCCCGCCCGCCAGGAGGAGGCAGAGGAGGAGGAGGAGGAGGAGGAGGAAGCCGAGCUGGAGCUGUGCGAAGGCGCCGGGCCCUUCACCUUCCUCCAUUUCGACAAGAACUUUGUGCAGCUGUGCCUGGCGGCCGAGCCGGAGGCGGCCCCCCGCCUCCUGGCCCCCCAAGCCCUGGAGUUCCGUUUCGUGGAGGUGCUGCUCAUCAACAACAACAACUCCAGCCAGUUCACCUGCAGCGUGCUCUGCCGCUGGCUGGAGGAGUGUCUGCAGGCGCCCGGCGCCCGCCGCUGCGGUUUCACCCACGCCGGCUGCAGCUGCCAGGCGGAGAGCCCGCCGGCACCCCGCCGCAACGCCACCCGGCACGCCGCCCGCACGCCCGCCACGCCGCCCGCCGCCGGCUGCUGCCCCACCGACCUGCAUUCUGCGAAUGCCAAUGACUUCCACCUGCCCGACGUCCCGCACGGCAAUGCGGUCGAGGAGAACCAGAAGGUGAAAACCCAGUGGCCGCGUUCGGCGGAUGAGCCAGGCGUCUACAUGGCCCAGACAGGGGACCCGGCAGCGGAGGAGUGGUCCCAGUGGAGCGUCUGCUCCCUGACGUGCGGGCAGGGCUCCCAGGUGCGGACGCGCUCCUGCGUCUCCUCGCCCUACGGGACGCUGUGCAGCGGGCUGCUCCGGGAGACGCGGACUUGCAAUAACACGGCCACCUGCCCAGUUCACGGCGCGUGGGAGGAGUGGUCCCCGUGGAGCCUGUGCUCGGUGACCUGCGGGCGAGGGGCCAGGACCAGGACGCGGCGGUGCGUGGCCCCGCGGCGCGGAGGGAAAGCCUGCGAGGGCCCCGAGCUGCAGGCCAAGCCCUGCAAUAUCGCGAGCUGCCCGGUGGAAGGGCAGUGGCUGGAGUGGGGCGCCUGGAGCCGCUGCUCCGUCACCUGCGCCAACGGCACGCAGCAGCGGACGCGCAAGUGCAGCGUCUCGGCCCACGGCUGGGCCGAGUGCCGGGGGGCCCACGCUGACGCCCGGGAGUGCUCCAACCCCUCCUGUCCCACCGACAGCAAGUGGGGCCCCUGGAACCACUGGAGCCUCUGCUCCAAGACCUGCGACACCGGCUGGCAGCGGCGCUUCCGCAUGUGCGAGGGCACGGGCGUGCAGGGCUACCCUUGCGAGGGCACCGGCGAGGAGGUGAAGACCUGCAACGAGAAGAAGUGCCCAGCCUACCAUGAGAUGUGCAAGGACGAGUACGUCAUGCUGAUGACCUGGAAGAAAACGGCCGCCGGGGAGAUCAUCUACAACAAAUGUCCCCCCAACGCCACGGGGUCCGCCAGCCGCCGGUGCCUGCUGAGCCCCCACGGCGUCGCCUACUGGGGGGUGCCCAGCUUCGCCCGCUGCGUCUCCCACGAGUACCGAUACUUGCAUCUCUCACUGCGGGAGCACCUGGCCAAGGGGCAGCGGGUGCUGGCGGGCGAGGGCAUGUCGCAGGUGGUGCGGAGCCUGCUGGAGCUCAUGGCCCGCAAGACCUACUACAGCGGGGACCUGCUCUUCUCCGUCGAGAUCCUGCGCAACGUCACCGACACCUUCAAGAGGGCCACCUACACCCCCUCCUCCGAGGACGUGCAGCGCUUCUUCCAGGUGGUGAGCUACAUGGUGGACGCGGAGAACCGGGACAAGUGGGAGGACGCCCAGCAGGUUUCGCCCGGCUCCGUGCACCUGAUGAAGGUGGUGGAGGACUUCAUCCACCUGGUGGGGGACGCGCUGAAGGCUUUCCAGAGCUCCCUCAUCGUCACCGACAACCUGGUGAUCAGCAUCCAGAGGGAGCCCGUCUCCGCCGUCUCCAGCGACAUCAACUUCCCCAUGAAGGGGCGCCGGGGCAUGAAGGAUUGGGCCCGCAGCUCCGAGGACAAGCUCUUCAUCCCCAGGGAGGUGCUCAGCCUCGCCUCCGCCGAAACGGAUGAGUCGUCCCACUUCGUCAUCGGGGCCGUGCUGUACCGCACGCUGGGGCUGAUCCUGCCCCCCCCCAGGCCCCCCCUGGCCGUCACCUCCAAGGUGCUGAUGGUGACGGUGCGCCCGCCGACCAAGCCCGCGGAGCCCCUCGUCCUGGUGGAGCUCUCCCACAUCAUCAACGGCACGUCCCACCCGCAGUGCGUCACCUGGGACUACUCGAGGACGGAUGCUGGCUUGGGAAACUGGGACACGGAGAGCUGCCAAACCCUGGAGACCCUCCCAGCGCACACCAAAUGCCAGUGCCGCCAGCUCGCCACCUUCGCCGUCCUCGCCCAGCUGCCCAGAGACCUGGCCAUGGACCCCUCGGGCACCCCCUCGGUGCCGCUGAUGAUCGGCUGCGCCGUCUCCUGCAUGGCCCUGCUGACCCUGCUGGUGAUCUACGCUGCCUUCUGGAGGUUCAUCAAGUCGGAGCGCUCCAUCAUCCUGCUCAACUUCUGCGUCUCCAUCCUGGCCUCCAACGUCCUCAUCCUGGUGGGGCAGUCCCAGAUGCUCAGCAAGGGCGUGUGCACCAUGACGGCCGCCUUCCUCCACUUCUUCUUCCUCUCGUCCUUCUGCUGGGUGCUGACGGAGGCCUGGCAGUCCUACCUGGCGGUGAUCGGCCGGAUCCGGACACGCCUGGUCAGGAAGCGCUUCCUCUGCUUGGGAUGGGGGUUGCCAGCCCUCGUGGUCGCAGUCUCCGUCGGCUUCACGCGGACCAAAGGCUACGGGACGGCGAGCUACUGCUGGCUCUCACUGGAGGGCGGUUUGCUCUACGCCUUCGUGGGACCCGCUGCUGUCAUCGUGCUGGUGAACAUGCUGGUUGGCAUCAUCGUGUUCAACAAGCUCAUGUCCCGCGAUGGCAUUUCAGAUAAGUCCAAAAAGCAGCGAGCUGGCUCCAAGCCCCCCCCCUGCGGCAGCCUGCUGCUGAAAUGCACCAAGUGCGGCGUGGUGUCCAGCGCGGCCAUGACCUCCGCCACCGCCAGCAGCGCCAUGGCAUCGCUGUGGAGCUCCUGCGUGGUCCUGCCUCUGCUGGCGCUGACCUGGAUGUCGGCCGUGCUCGCCAUGACCGACCGGCGCUCCAUCCUCUUCCAGGUCCUCUUCGCCGUCUUCAACUCCGUCCAGGGCUUCGUCAUCAUCACCGUACACGGGUUCCUGCGCCGAGAGGUCCAGGACGUGGUGAAGUGUCAGAUGGGGGGGUGCAGGAGCGAGGAGAAUGAAAACUCGCCCGACUCCUGCAAGAACGGGCAGGUGCAGAUCCUGACAGAUUUUGAAAAGGACGUUGACCUGGCGUGUCAGACAGUGCUGUUCAAGGAGGUGAACACCUGCAACCCCGCCACCAUCACGGGCACCUUGUCCCGCAUCUCCCUGGACGGGGACGAAGACCCCAAGCUCAACACCACCUCGGAAGGCGGCCUGGGCUUCUCCAGCCUGCCGGGGAACAUCCCUCCCGCCAGCAUCCUGGUCCAGGUCCCCAAGAUGACGCCCAACGUGGUGGCUGGCUUGAGUGAAUUGGGCGACCCGCCGGCGCCGCAGCUCAGCCUGGAGGCGCCGGGUCCCGUCUACCUGUGCACGGAGAGCAGCCUGCGGCCCCUGGAGUACGGCUGGCUACGGGCCCCCGAGCCCCCGCGCGAGAGCGACUACAUGGUGCUGCCCCGCCGGACCACCAGCCUCAAGCCCUUCCCGCGGGACGAGGGCACCUUCAGUCCCGGCGCCGAGGAGGGGGGCCCCGGUGGGACGGGGUGCCCGGCGGCAGAGGGGGAUGCCUACCCUGGCUUCGUCACGAUGGACCACGUCAACGUGAACUUGAACCAGCCCUACGGGACGGUGAAGGCUCCCUACAGCCUCCAGUUCAAGCAGCAUCCCACCGUCCGGCAGAUCCUGGCCUCGGAGCUGUCGGAGCGCAGCCGCACCAUGCCCCGCACCGUCCCCGGCUCCGCCAUGAAAGUGGGGUCCCUGGAGAGGAAGAGGUUGCGAUACUCCGAUUUGGACUUUGAGAAGGUGAUGCACACGCGGAAGCGUCACUCCGAGCUCUACCACGAGCUCAACCAGAAGUUUCACACGCUGGACCGGUACCGGGCCCCAGCUGCCGGCUCCUCCAAGCGAGAAAAGCGGUGGAGCGUCUCGUCGGGCGGCGGGGAGAAGAGCGCGGCCAACGACGCAGCCGGCCCCGAGGAGCAGCAGCAGCAGCCGCAGGCGCCGGCGGCGCCGCCGAAGCCGUGGAGCACAUUCAAGGCGAUGACGCUGGGGUCCCUGCCCAGCGCCCAGCGGGACCGGCUGGAGCUGCGACGCGCCGACUGGGAGAGCCCCUGCGCCGGGCUGGAUGCGGCCGACGGCGACUUCCAGACGGAGGUGUGAGCCCUGCGCCCGCCGCCGCCACCGCCCCGGCAUGGGACCAGCCAAGACGCUGGGUUUGCUCCCUCCUCCUCAGCGGCCGGCAUGGGGGGGUCCCCGCCUGGCCGGGGUGGGGGGUCCCCGCGGAAGGGACCGUGCUCCUGCCGCCUCUCGCCCGUCCUCGCGCGGUUUCUCCUCCCUGCCACCCUCCGGAUGCGGGUGUGGAGGGGACACACGCACCCACCCCCCUCCCCCCACGCUCACCCACCGAUCACGCCUGCACCCCCCGGGGCAGGACCGGCCAUCGGGGCCGGCAGAUCUUCGUUCUUUUUCUACCGGGAUGUUUCUUCACGCCGUGCACCGUGUGCACGCGAGCGGCCGCCCACCCGGGGCCGGGCUGCCCUCGCCCCCCCCCCCCAACCCCGGGUGCCAUGGCCGCCCCUUCCCAGCCCUCCCCACCCCCCCCACCCCACGGGGCAGGUGCUGUCGUUGUUGGAAAUAAAAGUUCACUCUCUGUU